ACAACAAAAGUUUUGUCACCGUCUCACAGGACUGCGCCAGCAUUUCACACAAGAAUCAAUCAUGCUGAGGCUUGCCGUCAAAACCGGCCUGGCCGGUGGGGCCGUGUACUACUCCCGGGAGGAAGGAAUCUGGAACGCAAACACCGACCAAGUGUACGAACGCUACUCGAAAGCCCUGCAACCACAGCUGGCGUCGGUAAAGCAGCAGAUUCCCGUUCAGGUCCCUGCUCUUCCGACUUCCGGUGAAGUGUGCUUUCUGACCAAGCACUAUUGGAACGAAGGUGUCAAGGGUACGGUCCACUUUAUUCACCGGCUGCCGUGUUACCUUGGUCAGUGGACCAAGAAGGGUACCGAUGCAAUCAAAAAGGCAAUGGAUCCUGCACCGGAAGGAGCAAUCGCCUCGGUGGCAGCACCCGCGGCAUCUCCCGCUACGAAGAAGUGAAUUUGAACAGUUGGUGGUUUUCGUUUGUUGACUUGCCAGUGCUAUUAUGGGUAUCAGUUUGGAACAAAAUAAAAUGUAUUAA